UAAUAUAAAUUUACCAAAAAAAUAUAUUCCUUCCAAAACCUUGGUGUUACGGUGGUUUUUUACUCAGUUUUUGAACGCGCAUUGCAGCGUUUUGACGUCUUAGUGUUGGCUAUGAUUGGACCAUACUAAUUUGAAAUAAGACCACAAAUUUAUUUGUUGUUAGGUAUGUAAGCAUCGGCGGCUGCGUCCGCCGUCAAUAUAAUAAAGUAGUGCGUAAACAACCGGCCUUGUCAUUACACGCGUCCUCGGACACACUACUGGCGACGAGCUUUACUUAUACCCACACGUGACGACGAAAAAAAAAAAAAAAUGUUCGGGACGUCUUCUUUAAGUGUUUUGUCGAGUUUUGAUCAUCAAAAUCAAGAUUGGAAGACAUAUAAGAGUAGAUUGCAGCAAUGGUGCAUAGCUAACGGCAUCGAUGAGCAGUCUGAUAAAGCCGGAAUCAAGAGAAGAGCAGUACUCCUCAGCGCACUCACAGAGAGUACCUACCAGCUCGCAAGCAACUUAGCGUUACCCGACGAUAUUGCGACAAAGAGCUAUGAAAGCAUUUUAGGUAUUUUAGAUGAACACUUUAUUCCAAAGCGGUGCGGAUUCGCAGAGCGGUAUAAUUUUUACGCAGCGAUGCAGCAAAAUGGUGAAACUCAUGGGCAAUGGGCCGCACGCUUGCGAGGUUUGGCCGCACACUGCGCUUUCAAAAACCUAGAAGAAUCUCUGCUAGAUAAAUUCGUCAUGGGAAUGUUGCGAGGACCCGAGCGAGAAAGGCUUUUCGCACAAGAAAUCAGAGAGCUGACGUUGAGCAAAGCUGUGGAGCUGGCAGAGAGCGUGCGGUGCGCACGAGAAGGUGCAGCUGCAGCGGUAGUGCCGGAAUCAUCCGGUCGGGAAGGCGUUUUCAAGAUUGCCCAACAAGCAAAAGGGAGCGCGGACCGAACAGCCGAAAAAUGCUUAGUAUGUGGUUACAAAAAUCACAAAACGUCAGAGUGCCGAUUUUCUAAAUUUAAGUGCAGAAUAUGUGAUCGUAAAGGUCAUCUCCGUAGAAUGUGCCCCAGGAACAAAGUGAAGCACUUGGAGCAAGGUAACGACGAUGACGAGGGCGAUGACGGUGAGUUUUUGAAAAAUAUAAGUUGUCCAAAUGGUGAGCCUUUGUACGAGACCGUGUGUUUAGAAGGUCGUAAAUUUAGAUGCGAAAUUGACAGUGGUUCCCCUGUGUCUGUUAUAUCCGAAAAGACAUACAAGCGUUGGUUUUCCGGCGUUCCGUUGUCACCACCAGCGAAAAAAUUAUUUACGUAUGAUGGGGGUACCUUGAACAUAAUAGGGGUACUUAAUAUGAAUGUCGAGUAUUUGAAACACUUAGCGUUAUUGAGUAUCUACGUUGUUCGGGAUGGGGGACCUCCCUUACUAGGCCGCGACUUUAUGCGUGAAUUUAAAUUAGAACUCAUUUCAACCAUUGGUUAUUGCAAAAACGUUGAUGUUACUACGGUAAUGGAACUGACAAAACUAUUUCCAAAGUUAUUUUCAAACGAACUAGGUUGCUUUAACAAAUUCGAGAUCAGUUUAACAUUAAAAGAUAACGCGAAACCGGUUUUUAUAAAGUCGCGACCGGUACCUUUUGCAUUAAAAGAUAGAAUUAAUGCAGAACUCGAACGGUUGGUUUCCUUGGAUAUUUUAGAACCAGUAAAGUACUCAGACUAUGCCUCACCAAUAGUCCCGGUUCUAAAAAAUGACGGCAGCGUUCGUAUUUGUGCGGAUUAUUCUUGUACAAUCAACAAACAACUACUCGUGGAGAGAUAUCCUCUACCAUCGGUUCAAGAACUGUUUACUAAACUUCAUAACGGUGAGGAGUACAGUAAGCUAGACUUGUCUAUGGCGUAUAUGCAAUUUAGAAUUAAUAAAAAAUCACAAAAAUUAACAUGCAUUAACACCCCGCGUGGCCUAUUUAAUUAUACUCGGUUAGUGUUCGGUUUGUCGAGCGCGCCAGCUAUCUUUCAACGGGCUAUGGAAUCGUUGGUAGGGGACAUGGAGGGCGUGUAUUGUUACUUGGACGACCUGGUACUCACUGCUGAAAAUAGGGUUCUGCACGAACGAAAAUUAAAAGAAGUUUUGUGUCGUCUACAGGAUGCGGGCUUGACCCUGCGUAAGGACAAGUGCGCAUUUUUCCAAAACGAAGUAUCAUACUUAGGCUACACCAUAGAUAAAAACGGGAUAAGAAAAAACCCAGACAAAGUAAAAGCAAUUUUAGAUGCCGCUAUUCCAAAAAAUUUAAACGAGCUACAAUCAUUUUUAGGGCUUAUAAACUACUAUAGGAAUUUUGUCCCAAACGCAUCGUCUAUAUUAAGCCCAUUACACUUCUUAUUACAAAAAGGCGUCAAAUGGCAUUGGAACUAUGAGCAAGACGUGGCUUUCACUUGCGUAAAGAAAAUGUUAGCAUCGGAACAGGUGUUAGCACAUUUUAUUACUGAUGCAAAAACAAUCGUGACUGUAGAUGCGUCCCCGGUCGGGUUAGGUGCUAUCCUGUCACAGGAGGAUCGGAACGGGGUCGAGAGACCGGUGUCGUACGCAUCUCGCUCGCUAACGCCUGCAGAAAAAAAAUAUUCACAAAUCCAAAAGGAGGCGACUGCUAUAAUAUUUGGUGUGAAAAAGUUCCACCAAUUCCUUUAUGGUAGGUCGGAACCUUUUACUUUGCGUACGGACCAUAAGCCGCUUACGGUAAUUUUCGGAAAUAAUAGAGGUAUACCAGAAGUAACAGCUAAUCGAUUACAACGUUAUGCAAUAUUCUUAAGCGCAUAUAACUAUAAUAUAGAAUAUGUAAACAGCGCAUCGAACACAGCUGACUUCUUAUCGCGGGCCCUACCCGUAGCAAAACCGGGUUCCGAAGGUGAGGAAGGCGUGCGGGACGAGGUAGCAGCGUACGAGCAUAUCAGUUUCGCAGUGGAGGGAUGCCUGCCAGUCACGAGGCAAGAUCUGCAGCGAGAGACGGCGUGCGACCCCAUACUAAAGAGCGUAGCUAAGUAUGUAGCUAACGGCUGGCCACGUAAGUUAUCGAUGCUAUCAAAUCAGAGUCUUAAGCCUUAUUACUUAUGUCGAAACGAUAUCGCACUAGAAAAUGGUAUUCUCAUGCGUGGUCACAAAGUAAUUAUUCCACAAAGUGUACGCGGCAGAAUAUUGGAAGAACUACACAGCUCGCACUUUGGUAUCGUUAAAAUGAAGGCAGACGCUCGCAGUAGAUUGUGGUUUCCGGGUAUAGACGCUGAGCUAGAGAAACUGGCAGGGACGUGCCGGGUGUGCGCACAACUGCGCCCGUCACCACCGCGCGCGGCCCUUGCACCUUGGCCCUAUCCUGAUGCCGCUUUUCAUAGGAUUCAUUUAGAUUUUUUCGGUCCAUUAAAUAACAAAGUUUACUUAAUAAUAGUAGAUGCACACUCUAAGUGGAUAGAAUGCUAUGACAUGAAUAGCAAUAGCUCCUCUAAAGCCGUAAUCGCGAAAUUAUGCGAAUUCAUCGACUGCGGGAGCGAGGCAACAACAGCUGGAUCUAAAGGGGCUUUAGUGGCAGCAACAGGAUCAGCUCCACCAGCAGAAGUAGGGUCAUCGUCAUCAUCGCAUACCUGCCAGCCAGCAGGAACGACGCAGUCUGUGGAAGCGGAGACUAUGGGCAGUGCUGACCAAGAUCAAAUUACUGCCACUAUAAGCCCACAAUCAGCAGAGCCCGUAACUCCCACCAGCUGCUCACCUUCCAGUGGAAGAAAUAGCCCACAGUUUAGUACGCCACAGCCAAUAUCACCGACACUAGAUAAGCCGGCUCCCGGCCGACCACGCCGGAAUAAGCCACCCAUUGAUUUCAGGAAGUUCUUUUAGGAUAAGGGGGACAUUUGGGAGGGAGAAAUUGUUAGGUAUGUAAGCAUCGGCGGCUGCGUCCGCCGUCAAUAUAAUAAAGUAGUGCGUAAACAA